AUGCUGCUUGACUUGCUCUUGGACAGGCUGAAGGUCCACUACGAGCCUACCCCUUCUCGCUAUGCUCGCCGUCAAUUCUUCCGGCGCUGCAUUCAGACUGACAGCCAAUCCAUUAGUCAGUACGUGGCUGCUCUGAGGGCUGCCGCGAUCCACUAUGAAUUUGUGGAUCUCGAUGACGUGCUCCUGGAGCAGUUCAUCUAUGGUCUACAGGACAUCAACCUCCAUCACUGCAUUCUGUCCCGCGCUGAGCUGAUCCUGAAGAUCGCUGUGGACGAGGCGCACAAAUCCACACCAGAUCUCCGCCGUUUUCCCCCAUCUGCUUUGGCUUCGCUGCCUCAUUCCUCCGUCCACUGUCAACUAGGUCCAGAGGACCCUCGGUCAGGGGUUGACCUGAGGGCUGCUUCCCUCAGGGAUGCCGGUGCCUGCCUCAGCUGUGGAGGCUGCCACUCUCGCUCUUCCUGCCGGUUCCGUUCCGCCCUGUGCCGCAAGUGCGGGAAGAAAGGCCAGCAAGUUCUCCUGCUGUGGACCCGAGGGCUGCCAGGAUGCCCGUUCCUAGCAGCCGCCGACCUGCCUCCACCCCUUCCUCCGCCCGUCAAGGGUGCUACACUGUCUCGGAACCCGAGGGCCCUUUUCCUGACUGGCUGGUGGACUCUGCCUCAACUACCACAGGGGAUCGGGAGGCGCUUAUCUCCCUCCACUUGUCACCUCCGGGACUACCAGGGCAACCCCAUUCCCGUGGUGGGCUGCGGUACCUUCUUGGUCCAAUAUGGCCGGUUCAAGGCCCCCCUGCCCCUGAUUAUAGUCCGGAACCCCCUGGCCUCACUUUUGGGGCUCGACUGGUUUGGCCUUUCUAUUGGCAGUGUCAAUUUCCUAUGCCUGGCUUCCGACCUAGAUUCCCUCUUGGCUGAAUUUGCAGAUGUGUUCGAUAAUGCUCUGGGUUGUUACAAGGGCACCCCUAUCUCCCUUAAUCUGGACCCCUUGGUGGCACCAAUCCACCUUAAGGCUCGAAGGGUGCUGUUUGCCCUUAGGGAACGGGUGGACACUGAACUAGGUAAACUGAUCUCACAGGGCAUCUUGGAGCCCAUGGAUCACUCCCCAUGGGAAACCCCUAUAGUACUCGCUAUUAAAUCUGACGGAUCCCUGAGGAUCUGCACAGACUAUAAGACCACCGUAAACAAGGCAUUGCAGGCGCAUCCCUACCUCGUGCCGGUUGUCCAGCAUCAACUUCCUGUGGAUGAAGCCAUUGCAGUGGCACAGACGAUUGUGACACACCGUGGUGCCUUUAAGUGCCGCCGCCUUCAAUUUGGCAUCAGUGUUGCCCCAGGGCUUUUCCAGGGAUUGAUGGAGCGGUUGCUCCAUGGCAUCCCUGGUGUGAUGCCAUAUUUUGACGAUGUCUUGAUUGCUGCUGCCGAUAAAUCAGGACUCGUCAAAACUCUUCGGGUGGUGCUGACCAGAUUUAGAGCUUCAGGCCUCCAUUUGAAGCGCUCUAAAUGUCAGCUGGGCGUCCCUUCGGUUGAAUUUUUGGAUUACCUCAUAGAUUCUCGAGGUAUUCACCCCACUCCCGCCAAAAUUGACUCCAUUGUCUCUGCCCCCACCCCUUUCAAUAGGGCGGAGCUCCAAGCCUUCCUGGGCCUUCUUAAUUUUUACUCCGCUUUUAUUCCUCAUAAGGCUUCCAUUGCGGAGCCUCUUCACCGUUUGUUGGAUGCCUCCGCCCCUUGGGUCUGGACUAGCUGCGAAGCACAUGCGCUUGCGGCUGUCAAACGCCUCCUGACAGCUGCCCCCAUACUCGUCCAAUACAAUGAGCGCCUGCCCCUUCUCCUCACCUGCGACGUCUCCCCCUUUGGUGUCGGGGUCAUUUUGAGCCAUUCGUUGCCCGAUGGCUCUAAGGCCCCGAUCGCCUUUUACUCCCGCACCUUGUCCAGGACUGAGCGCAAUUACAGCCAGCUGGACAAGGAGGCCCUUGCGGUUGUGGCAGGGGUGAAACACUUCCAUCACUACCUCUACGGCCGCCCCUUCACCCUUUUAACAGACCACAAGCCCCUAUUGGGCAUUUUGGCAGUGGACUGA